AUGUCUUCCGAACUAGAUUUACUCAGUCAAGAAAAUGCUAAGCUUGUGGCCGAAAAUGCUGAGCUUAAGCACGAAAAUUCAAAAUCAAAACAGAUUAUAGAAGACAAUGCCGAGUUUAAGGGCCAAAAUCAUGAAACUGGAACAAACUUAACAUCCCAAUUAUCUUCCCCGCCACCUAUCGAGGACCACUCUGAUAAGAAAUAUAGCGUCAGUGUAAAUCAGCUGAAAACUGAACCCAUAUCACCUGAAAAUAGGUGGUCGAUGAAUUCGUGA